AUGAAAAUUAGCGUGUCCCAGCUUAGGGAAUCUCAAAGAACUAUUGAAACCAAUUACCAGCAACUCUUCAUGCCUUCCUUCACUCUACAUGAGAUUAACAGGAAUCCCAAACUGUUGCCCAACAUUACCCUGGGAUACAAUAUGUACAACAUCUAUUCCACUGAAGAAAGGACCUUGGAGAGCUCCCUGUGGUGGCUGUCUGGAACAAACCAGAGCAUCCCUAAUUACAACUGCAGAAAGGGAGGAAAGGUUGUGGCUGUCAUUGGAGGAGCCACGUUAGCUCUCUCUGUUCAGAUGGGGACCCUGUUCGACCUCUACCAUUUACCCCAGCUGCACUCCUACCUCAAGAACAUCCAGUUUGAGAAUAUUGUUGGUGAGCAGGUGUUUGUGGAUGAGAACAGACGCACAGAGGCUCACUAUGCCCUUAUGAACUACAUAUACUUCGAUUAUCGUAAUGGUCAUGUUCUCUAUGUGGGGGACUUUAUCCCAGAAGCUCAGCUCGGUCAAGAUUUUACAAUUUGUGCAAAUGUCAUAGUGUGGGACGCAUGGAGUUCAAAGGUCCCCUCUGCCAUAUGUAGUGCCAGUUGUCCUGCUGGAUUCAGGAAGUCACCUUUGGAGGGGAAGCCUCCUUGUUGCUUUAGUUGCUCCCCAUGCUCAGAAGGAGAAACCUCCAAUUAUAUAGAUGCUGAGCAGUGUAAGAAGUGCCCAGAGGAUGAAUAUCCCAAUGAGCAGAGAGAUCACUGCCUCCCCAAGACUGUGACCUUCCUGGAUGUGAAUGAACCCUGGGGGAAGGCAGUGACAGUUGUAGCUGUUUCACUCUCAUUGCUCACGGUCCUGGUUCUGUGGGUCUUUGUGAAGUUCCAAGACACUCCCAUAGUCCAAGCCAAUAACAGGAACCUCAGCUACCUGCUCCUCACCUCCCUUUCCUCCUGCUUCCUCUGCUCCUUGCUCUUCGUGGGCCGUCCCACCACUGCUUCCUGCCUUUUCCGACAAACAGUCUUUGCAAUUGUGUUCACAGUGGCUGUUUCCUGCAUUUUGGCCAAAACCAUCAUCGUGGUUCUGGCUUUCAGGGUGACAGGGCCUGGGAGCAGGAUGCGGAUGUUCCUUCAUCCCAGAGUGCCCUACUGUGUGGUUCUCAUCUGCUCCGGAAUCCAAGGGCUUUUCUGUGCCAUCUGGUUGGGGACCCAUCCCCCCUUUCCAGAGGCAGACACACGCUCUGAAUCCAGGCACAUCAUCCUCACGUGUAACGAGGGCUCCGCCUUUGCAUUUUACUGUGUCCUGGGCUACAUGGGCUUUCUGGCCCUGGGCAGCUUCACCAUAGCCUUCCUGGCCAGGAACCUGCCCGAUGCCUUCAACGAGGCCAAGCUCAUCACGUUCAGCAUGCUGGUGUUUUGUAGCGUCUGGGUCUCUUUCCUCCCCACAUAUCAGAGCUCCAAAGGGAAAGCCGUGAUGAUCGUGGAGAUCUUCUCCAUCUUGGCCUCCAGUGCCGGGUUACUGGGCUGCAUUUUUAUUCCCAAAUGUUUUGGGAUUCUCCUGACAUCGUGGGAAAAUAACACAAAACAGAAGAAGAAUCAAAGGAGUUCCAGGAGCAAGAAUUCUUCUUCUUUUUUUUUUAGUGUGAUAUCUUUAUUUUCCCCUUUCCAUGUAAAACAAUAUUUGUAACUUUUUAAAAAGGUUUGCC